AUGGGCUCCACUCAUCACAGAACCCCGGGGGGGCUCCAGCCCCAAGGUGCAGCAGCAGCAGCUGCAGCAGCAGCAGCAGCAGCAGCUCGGGUGCUCGGGCUGAUCGGUGAAGAUGCCACAAGAGCAGCGUUGCUGCCCCCCACAGGCUGGGUGAGGCCUCUGCCGCAGGAGUUGGAGUUUGUUGAGGCUGACGUCCGUACAGCCGGCGAGCUGGAGCAGCAGCUGCAAACAGCUCUGCAGCAGCUCAUAAGAAACCGCUAUAGCAGCAGCAGCAACAGCAGCAACAGCAGCAGCAGCAUCCAUGCAGGAUCAGGGGCCUUCUUGGGGGGCCCCGGUGCUGCGAGGAGUUCAACAACGUGUUCAUGGGGAGCAGCAUCAGGACUUGGUUGCGAAGCAAAUGCAAGUGAUGAAGCUGUGCAGUGCAUAGCGUUUGCAGAGGAGCCUGUGGCUGGGGUGUAUGCGGCAGCAGCAGCAGCAGCAGCAUCCAUGCAGGAUCAGGGGCCUUCUUGGGGGGACCCGGUGCGGCGAGGAGUUCAACAACGUGUUCAUGGGGAGCAGCAUCAGGACUUGGUUGCGAAACAAAUGCAAGUGAUGAAGCUGUGCAGUGCAUAG